CGUCUGGGCUACGGUUGAGACCCACCUCCAGAGCCAAUUACCACUCGCGAAAUGUAUAUAUCAUAGGCUGAGAAGCUGAACAUGUGUUUUAGGGGUCGCUUUGCGAGUGUGAUCCCAAAAAGACAACAGAAUUUUCACUUAAUUUGCGGAAAGAUCGGGCCAAGUCGUGACAGCUACAGCAAAGGACAAAUCACACGCUACGGAUUUACCGUUAACAGCUUGCUCGUAGUUUCUUCUCACAGCACCUUGGAAAGCUGCCCUGAGAACUUUUAUGUCAGAGGUAAGCGAUGCAAUCUGAGUGAGGAUAUGCUUUGGAAAGCUACUUUCAAGUUGUUAAUUUAAAACUUUGCGUUUGCAUGACCUAGUUUAUUUUAACUGGAAGUAAAAACAAGGAUCACGAUCAACCUAUGACACUGCACGUCCGCUCAGAUUGGUGCUGCAAAUGGGCGGCAUAGGUGGCAAUUUGUACCUCAAUAUGUUGAAUGGAACUGAGACGCAACAUUUCGCAAAAGAAGCCGACAUUAGCAAUCACCUUCAUCGCAACAAAGACUUGGCGGACUUAAAAAUGGGCAUUCACGACACCAGGUUUUACUAUCAGGAACCAAUCCAGAACGGCCAGGACAAUCUGCCUCUGCCGUAUCAUAAUGAGCAAACUGUCGCCGGAUUCGGUGCGCAACCCGGGAGGUUCUACUCACCAACUUCACUUAGCAGUUGUCACUUCAACAACAUUCGGUCGCCGACGAGAGGUGGCAUGGGACAGACUUAUGUGCCGGCAGGAGGAGAUGGAUUUUCGCCGCAGGGCAAAGAAGUUUACCCGUCCGGUGCAGAGAGUUACUCGGCGCCUUUUCAGCACGGCUAUCCCCGCGCGCCGCUGUACCCUAUACCUGGCUUACAGGUGUGUGGCAAAACACAGGCUGUCCUCAACAACUACCCUCUUUGGGCCAAGUUCCACAAAUACCAAACCGAAAUGAUCAUCACAAAACAAGGACGGAGGAUGUUCCCCUUCCUCAGCUUUAACAUAAGUGCACUGGACCCCACGGCGCAUUACAACGUCUACGUGGACGUGGUGCUUGCUGACCAGCACCACUGGAGGUACCAGGGCGGCAAGUGGGUGCAGUGUGGCAAGGCGGAGGGCAACAUGCCAGGAAACAGGACGUACAUGCACCCCGACUCACCCAACACCGGAGCUCACUGGAUGAGGCAGGAGGUUUCCUUUGGUAAACUCAAGCUCACCAACAACAAAGGCAGCUCAGGCAACACGGCCCAGAUGAUUGUGCUGCAGUCCCUGCACAAGUACCAGCCCCGUCUGCACGUAGUAGAAGUGAAGGAGGACGGCUCCGAUGACCCCUUCCUUUCCUCCAAGGCCCAAAUCUUCGUCUUCCCAGAGACACAAUUCAUCGCCGUGACAGCCUAUCAGAACGCAGACAUCACUCAACUGAAAAUAGACCACAACCCUUUCGCUAAAGGCUUUCGGGACAAUUAUGACACGCUCUACGUCCAGCCGGACUCAGAUCGCCUCACCCCGUCCCCCACCGAGGGUCAGCAGCUCCUGCCAGGCGGCUGCUACCAGCCCUACCUGUCCGACCAGUACAUGAGCCCCCUGCCCCAGGGCCGCUUUUACAGCCGAGAGCACAUGGCCAUGGGGGGGCAGCAGGGACCCAAGGACCCGUCCUCCGUCAGCCCUCACGGCCGCUGGUACCUGCCCAGCCCCCACCCCAUGCCCCCCUCCAACUGCCUGGACUUCAACUCCUACGACGGGGACUACUCCGGCAAUGGGCUUUACAAGCCCUACCACCACCUGCAGACGCCCGGGAACCACGCGCUGGGCUACUACCCCGAGAACCCCUUCUCCCCCGGGGGCAUGUCGGUGCCGGCCACUGGAGCUUGGAGCACCAGCGGGAGGCCCUCGCCGCCGUACCUCAGCCAUCCGCGGCCCAGCAAGCCGGGGCCGGCGCUGGGCUGGUUUCGCUCCGUGCCGGGGGCUUCCUCGUCCACCUCACCGGCGGGGACCAACGCACGUCCACCCCCACCCCCACCGACGCCAUCGGUCCUACCGGUGCCCGCGCUGGAUGCCCUCCGACUGGCCCUGCCGCAGGACAAGCCCAAGGAAGGGUGCGGCAGCAGCAACGGCACACGAGAGGAUGGCUGGCUGGAGGCCCCUUCAGUGAAGUCGGUGGACUCGGCCGACUCGGGACUCUACGAGGGUGGUGAGAGCAAGAAGCGCAGGGUGUCGCCCUACGCCUCCAGCACGGAGAACUCCCCGCCCAACCGGGGCGCGGAGCUCUGUGAGAAGGACAGCGGGAGCGACGCCGGCUACUAUAGCUUCUUCGGUCACUGAUUCGCACCCACCCAAAAGACCCCAGCUCCUGCCCCCUGCUGUCGCCCACAACGGACCUCCAAGCCCUGCGCUCAUACCCAGAGAUCUCCAACUGUACCGUUGCACUGGUCUCCACCUGUGAGACUCUGUGGCUGAGAGAAAGACCAAGCAGGAAAGAAGAGCUCUGCGGUGUUAAGGCUGUCAAGGCUUAACACUCUUUCACAGAACAGACUGGUUUGAAUUUCGGGGAAGUGUGACACUGAUACCACCUUGUCUAUGGGACAGUGAGACAGCGACAUUAUGUCUAUUUGUAAAGUAGUCUGUGUUUCUCUUUUGUGGUUAAAGUGUCUCUGUGUUGGAUGUAUAUGCGGAAGAAAAGAGUGUAUAUGUGAAAGAGAGAAAGAGAGAGUGGGGUGGAGGGGUUGCAGGGAUGAAAGUCAAUCAGAAGAGUUCUGAAGGUGGCUGUCACAGUUAGAGAGGUUCUCGGUGCAAAGCCGAUGUGACUAUGGACAGACACUGGCCUGGAGACAAGGCCAUGUACAGUCCUUUGCUAGCCCAGUGUUUUAUAUAACCGUGGAGUUUUAAUGGAAGGGAAAGCGGGAGAGGGGGAAGAGAGGGAGAAGGAAAGAAAAAAAAAUGUCUGCACACCUGCUGACACUCCCCUAAAGGAACUGUCCAGUCUCCCUCAUCACUGACUAAGAAAACACGCUUGGGCGCACACACACACACACACAAACAUGAACAUACACACUCACAUAGGCAGUAUUUCCCACAUUCUUCCAAGUCUGUUUGUUACGGAAAGCACCAUAAUUAAGGUUUAGUUUUAAGUCCAUGCAGACCACACCAGUGAGAGGUGAAAACGCAUAGAUGCCCGGUGCAGUGGGUAGCGAGAAGCAAAGGGCACAGACCGUGCAAUGCUGGCACCAAGGUGUCACAGUCCAUUUUUUACACUUGGUGACCUGGUCCCCCAGAGUCCAGCCUCUUGCCCCUAACCUAACAACAUCAGUCAGCUCUGUGUGACAUCACCUAACCAGGAACACCUGCUUGUUAUCAUCAUUUUCUUACUCGAAUGAAGGUUGUUAUUAUUAGGGGGUUUUCUUUUUUUAAAGAUAGUUCAAACACAGUGAUGAUACACAAGUACCCUUCCCUGGGUUGAACUGAUGUGUGAGCCUGACCAAAAGAAAUAGGCUACAUUAUAAUUGGGACUUCAAUUUCUAUUACCAGCCAAUCUGGAAAUGCCCCGGUCCACACACACACACACACACACACACACACACACAGAUAAAGACCACAAUCAAUAACCACAUUACAACAUGCAUCACUCAGACACCACCAGCUGGAAAUCGUUAGCAAUAGUUUUGGAGUAACCUUGUCUGUGGAGGGCACGGGUGUUUUUUUUUCUUCUUCUUUCCCUCAGUGCUGUUCCAAAACAGCCCUCAGUUAGUCCCUGUUGGAAUUACAUUUGUUUUACUCAUUUUAUUUUUAUUUUACUGGUACUGCUUUUGUCAGAUGCUGUUGACAAUCUGAACGUAAUGAGGUGCACAAGUUUCCAAACAGAGAUGAACGCUUAUUUAUGGCAUGGCCGGGUGAGAAGGCAUAAAACGCAAAUUACUAUGACUGUAGGUGAACCUGACAGCUGACCUUUCUAUUUACCUGAGUGGCGCAUCGGGUUUACUCUACGGUCACAUUAGUAAAUACAAAAUAUUUAUUCUUAGCUGAGAAGCAAAUUAUGUGGACAUUAGGGGACGUGUAAGUCACUGUAAAUUAGAAGAGGUUUUUACUGAGCCGAGAUGGUCUGAGAGCAGGUCACAGCAGCAUUGCAAAACCCCUCCACUUUACCAGUCAUCAUGCCGGCACUCGCGUUUUGACAGUUGUGCUUUCUCUUGUUAGUUUACCAUUUAACCUCGGUGACAAAAUUAAAGGUUGGAAUCAUUCAAACUGACAAGUUAGGUAAAUAAUAAUAAUACAUUUGAAGGCUCUGGCAUGAUAUAUAAAAUGAAACUGAAACUUUCGCUUUUCAUCAUGUUCUUCUCGUGUAAGCACACACUGUUAGAAAUUAUUAACCCAAACCCAAAACUUGACUCAUUCUAUAUCUUAUGACAACUUCUACAUGUUUGACAAAUGUAUUGUACUAUUGAAUUAGUUCGAUAUUAAGAUCCAACCCCAGCACACACGCACAUGCACAGACACACACUCUACAGAUUAGACUGACCAACCAAAAAUUGUGGCAAUUUAUCUGGGAAACCUGCACAUCAAGUCUUCUUCAGUACUGAACAUGUGAUAUACAAAAGCACAAUAUGACGGAUGUCAACCAAAUAUCACAGAUCUCUUUUUUUCUUGUUCUGAUGUUGUUUUUCUAAAUCAUGUGUUCUCAUGACCUUCGUGCUCACAAAUAUCCCUCUUCUGACAACGCAGGUUCCGUAAAGCUGAUGGUGCUAUAGAAACUAUUCAAACGGAAUAUUCCUAACGGCCCCUUAAUCCAAACUAAUGCGAUGAGAAGCCAUCCGAUGGCAGAUCCAAUUGCCCUUUGCCUUGACUACUAAAACAUGCUCUUCGUGGCUGACACUGCCGUAACACGACAGCAUACAGAUGGCAUUUUGAGUUGGAAGUUUGUGACGGAAUAUAAACCUUUCAAACCCUCCACCGCUUUCACGUGCUGUGCCCUGUAACGCGCCUGGCUCAGGGGGAAAAUAUGCCAUUUUAUAUCCAGUUCCGUGGGCACACUGGCUCAAGGAGCAAUGCAACGUUACAAAAAUGCCCCAAUACCACGGAAAGGUUAGCCUCAUCAGAAUAGUAAAAAAAAAAAAAACUGUCAGGACUCCUAUGUCAAUCUGACACGAACUGACAGCGACAGUGACGAUAAAAGGCGAGAUACAGUUUUCUGUGAACUGUUUGGAUAUUUGGGAUGUCGAUUUCAAAAGCUCAAGAAUACCUAGCCAUUUCAUUACACUUGAAAUUCAGAUAUAAAUAUUUCUCAAAUUCAGGAAAUUCAAGUGCAAUUAAAAAAUGUGAUUUCAUAAUGAUGAAAUCGCCAUAUAACUUUUCAAUAACUUGUUUUGUCUUUGUUUGUUUGCGCUGAAACCCCUCUCUGGCCUUUCUCAUUGUACACUCGCAAAACCCCGACAGUUAUUGAGCGUCAGGAUCCCCAAAUAAACCUCAAUAUGGAAGCUUGGCUGACCCCUAGUGGCCAAAGUAGCUUAUAAACACCUGAAAAAAAGAUGUGCAGACUGAAAAUGCGUCAGGAGGUUCACUUUGUUACUCGGAGUUAGGAUGAGGAUAAACAAAGUGUCAAAUGGUUUUCUUAGAUGAGGACCCAUGAGUGUGUUGUAUUGUACAAUUAACUCUUGUUAUGACUGGAACCGUUUUUUGGGGCAACUUGGCUUUUUUUGUAAGUACGCAGUCUUUUUUGGAUCUCUGUACAAUGGUUUGUUUGGCUUUUCUGAGGUAUAAAUGUAAUUUUUGAAAAAUAAAUUCUUGUGCUCCUUAAGACGUUCUUGUACUUUUUGAAGGAACCCGAAAAUCAGCAUCAGAGGUAUGACAGAAAUGCAGUAGAGGAACUGAAAACGUAAAGAUGUAUUUGAUUUUAUUUUCAGUGUAAUAAAGAUUAUGCUAAAAAAAGCAGAGGAAAUCUUUUAUUUAUUAAAAGUGGUGAAAUAUUGUGUAAUGUACUGAUUGUUGUGUUUUUUUUUUAUUCAUGCAUUAAAAUUAUAUUAAUUGUAAAUCUGUACAUGUUUGGACUUUUUCUAAGUUUCUUCAGAGUCUAUCAUGUCUGUUUUUGAACAGAUUUUAAGUGUCUAGUUCCUGUGACAGUCCUUAAUGCUUACUGUACUGUUCACGGACAAAGCAUCUGUUUAUUCUAUGGCAUUUAAAUAAUUUUCCCAGCAGCAAAAAAACCCAAACAUAUAAUGUGACCUAAUUGAAGUUUUUCUUAAAAGGUUUGUACCCCAACUGAAUAACGCACUCAAAAAAUGACGUAUGUACAUGACUGUCAUCUUCUGGAAGUUUAAGCCCAUGUUAGGAUAUGUGGCAACUGAAGCACCUCUCAAGAAAAGACCAGGUGAAGUCUCCACUGAAAGAAAUGGUCACCUCCAAAGGGCUAUUUGAGUGCAUUACAAAAAUAAAAUGUAAGUGAAUGGCUAUUUUUACACCGGUCUUCUCUCUUAUAACUGAACCCACCAUUAUUCAUGACACACAUAGCACAGUUUACAUAAAUAAUUUAAAAAUAAAGAAAUCAUUUCAGUAAACAUAUAAAAUGAUUUAAAAAAUAAAGUCUCAAAGGAAAAUGCUCUCCACACGACAAAUACUUUGAACUGGUUGACUAAAGAGUCUGUUUUUGUGGGUUUGUAUUUCCCCCUACAGUUACUCUAUAUGACGUCUUGUCCUUAUUUGAUUGCUUAUUGGCAAUCUGUUUAUUCAAGCAUUAUAAAACACUCCAUCCAGAGAAAAAGAUCCUGCUUUCUCUUUAAUGGUGGACAAGGAAAGCUGUCAAAGAGCCGUCCAGACAUGGUGUUCCUCUGUCAGACAGAGCA